ACCACAGUACAUAGUCUCCGUUUGGUAUUGUGGUUUGGGAUAAUUUUUGCUUAUUUUUAACAUUUUGGGCUUUCUGUCCGUUUAGUAAACUUUUCAAAUCUGAGUUUUUUUUAUUUAUUGCAGCACAAAACCUCAAUUAUUACCUGCUUUUUCUUAUCUGUGUUUACGGAACGCUCAUGAAGACGCGCUAACUUAAAUGAAAUAUUCUGAAAUCCUAAAAAACCCUCGUUGUUUCAGCGCCAAAUCCAAUUCUGAUGAGCGUGCUUGCUCCGUCUUCUCCUCAAAUCUACGCUUGCUUGCUUUGUUUUCUCUUCAAAUUUGCCCGCGCUCGGUUCGUUUUCUCCUCAAAGAUGAGCGCGUUAUCUUCUUUUAAUUCUAGGGUUUGUCUCUUAUAUAAACUCUGCAAAGGUUUUGUUCCUUCUGCCAUUCUUCUCAAGCUUCCUUAUGCCAUUAUCCUCAAUCACGUUUCAUUAAGGUUCUCUCUCUCUCUGUCGCUAUCUCUCUCUGUUUCUAUCUAAUGCCUUGGAUGGAUUUAGAUGCAUUAACUUGUUUGCCAAUUGAUAUAUUUAUUUAUCUAUUGAAGGGGAAAAAGGUUGAUUGCAGGUGCCAAUUUGAAGAGGUGAUUUCUAUGCAAAUAGGUUUUGGAUAUGGACAUUUUUGGAGAGGAAGAGGAGGAGAUUAACAGAAUUAUUUGCAUUUGUGCUUCUGUUAUAGAACUCUAUUAUGAAAAAUAUAUUCACAAAGUCCCUUGUAUGAAUUCUUCAUACACUGGCCGGUAACAUUUGGUUGAUGGAAUUGCUAGAAGGGAAUGAAAGCCGUUGUCAGAACAUGUUUUGGAUGAACAAAGAUGUAUUUAUAAGAUUGUGUGAUGAGUUGGAGAAUAUUUAUAAGGUGAAGGGCUCACAGAGAAUAAGUGUAGCUGAGAAGUUAGGAAUGUUUUUGUACACUUUAGGAGAAGGUGCAGGAAACAGAAAUGUACAAGAGCGAUUUCAACACUUUGGCAAGACUGUUAGUAGGUACUUUAGUGGAAUGCUAAAUGUGGUAUGUGAUAUGACAAAAGAAUUCAUAAAGCCAUCUGAUCCUAAGUUCAAAAGCAUUCCACCAGAAAUAUUGGGAGAUUAUAGAUAUAUGCCUCAUUUUAAGGAUUGUAUUGGAGCUAUAGAUGGCGUACAUGUUCGUGCAACUAUAUCACCUUCGAAUCAAGUACCAUACAUUGGUAGAAAAGGGAUACCAACUCAUAAUAUAAUGGCUGUAUGCAACUUUGACAUGCAGUUUACAUUCGCAUGCGCAGGUUGGGAAGGCACAGCCCACGAUACAAGAAUAUUCCAAUCAGCAAUUCAUAAUCUAGCUUUGAAAUUUCCUAAACCUCCAAAUGAAUACCCACAAAUGAAAUGGUAUUUGGGACCAUAUAAGUGUCAAAGGUAUCAUCUUCCUGAAUUUCGUAGAGGUGCUCAACCAACAGGUUAUAAAGAGAUAUUCAAUCAUGCACACUCUUCCAUCAGAAGCGUUAUUGAACGCACUUUUGGUGUGUAGAGAAAAAGAUGGAAUAUUUUACGGGACAUGGCAAGUUAAAAUUAUUAUAGCGACUAUGGGACUUCACAACUAUAUAAGAAGGUAUUCCGUACGUGAUUGUGUUUUUGACAAAAGUGAAAACCUUGACAUUGAAGAGACUGGGAGAGAGGAUGAUGCACAAAAUGGUCACGGUCAUGUUUCCAGAGAAAUGGAGGCAUUGAGAAACAAUAUUGCUUCAAGUUUAAUGGGUGCACCUAUUUAGAUACAAGACUUUAUUUUACUUUUCAUGCAGGUUGUGGAUUUUAUUUUUAACUAGUACAUUUGUUUGAUUAUAUACAUGAAGUUCUGCUAUUAUAUACACACACA